AUGAAAUUACUUCUAGUGCUGUCCGCAAUUAUAGCCGUUAGUUGGGCUAUGCCACAAUAUAGUGGCGGAAAUGCAAAUGCCAAUGCUGAAGCUAACGCUGGUGCAGGAGGAUUUGGAGGACCUGGUGCAGGAGGAUUUGGUGGACCUGGUGCAGGAGGAUUUGGAGGACCUGGUGCAGGAGGAUAUGGUGGACCUGGUGCAGGAGGAUUUGGAGGACCUGGUGCUGGAGGAUUUGGUGGACAAAACUUCGGCGGCGGCGGCGGCGGCGGCUUUGGCGGAAAUCAAGGUGGUUUCGGUAGAAAUCAAGGAGGUGGUGCUUCUAGUAACGCCAAUGCCAAUGCCGUUGCAAAGACAAACGCCGGUGGAUUCGGCGGUUCGGCAAAUGCCGAGGCUGAAGCGAGUGCGACCGCGGGUGCAUUUGGUGGUUUUGGCAAAUAG